CUACACACUUGUUACCAUCCGCCGCUACCAACAGCUAGCUACACUUGUCUGUCCGCUUUCUGCCUUGUUUCUUUCUCUCCGUCGCGAUGCUCUUCCUGGGACUCGGCUGUCUCCUGCUGCAUGUGUCCGCGGUGCUCGGCACCGAGCUCACCUUCGAGCUCGCCGACAACGAAAAGCAAUGUUUUUACGAGGCACUGCAGAAAGACGUGAAGUUUGAAAUAGACUUCCAAGUCAUCGCAGGAGGCAACUACGACGUGGACAGCUUCGUCACCGAUCCUCAAUACAAUGUCCUGUACAAUGAGAAGAAGAAGCAGUACGACAGCUUCUCUCACACCACGACGAUGGCGGGAGCCUACAAGGUCUGCUUCAGCAACGAGUUCUCCACGUUCACGCACAAAACCGUGUACCUGGACUUCCGCCACGGAGACGAGGAGCCUCUCAUUCAGACCAUGAAUGGAGCUACGGCGCUGACUCAGUUGGAGUCGUCCUGCGUCGCCAUCCACGAGGUCCUGAAGGUGGUGGACGACUCUCAGACGUGGUACCGGCUCAGGGAGGCGCACGACCGCACGAAGGCCGAGCACCUCCUGGAGCGCGUGACCUACUGGUCCAUCGGAGAAACCGUCCUGCUGUUCGUCAUCGGCCUCGGCCAAGUCGUGAUGCUCAAGAGCUUCUUCAGCGAGAGGAAAGGCUCCGUGGCGGCCGCCACUUAGAACUCGUGGUCUCGAUUUGCACCUCGGGAAGAACCCGGUGGCGGCGUGGCAACACGUGCGUCUGGAGAUUAGCACACACACACACACACACACACACCUUGUCGUAUUUUCAGCAGACCUUUUUGUUAAAAAGGGGAUAAUUUGGGAAGUCUCUCGAUUUUUUUUUUUCUCCUGCGCACCAAGUGUCAAACACACUUGUGAGUGUCUUUAUCGAGACUGUGCCGAUUUAUGUUAACGGGCGAGAAGAAACGACUCGUACUCGUUUUGGGGGAAAUUAGAUAUUUCCACCUUUUCAACCUUGCGCAGAUAAUUUAUAAUAUAUAUAUAUUUUUAGUGCAACACAAAGCAGGGUUAGAUUGAUCUGUUAAUAAUUAAGAGAAUCAUGGGUUUUCAUCUGCAUACUAAUUACACAAGGUGUUGUGGAUGAAUGUAGGUUGUUUUGUUUUAUAUUGUGUUUAUUAUUAUUAUUAUUAUUACCUUAAUUUAUGUGCGAAAAAAGAGGUGUAAGAGCUCCGUCUCCCUCAUCCCCCUGUGUCUCAUACAAAGUGCCUUAAGACAUUUUAUUUUAAUUUUCUACCAAGUUGAAAGUUUACGUUUAAUUGGUCUGUUGUGUACCAACAUCUGUUACUGAUUGGAUUCUCAGUUUUCUCUCUCGUGGAUUAUAAAUCCAGGUUAUUUUAUACAGCGAGGUGUUUAAUUAACACUUAAGUGACAUCAUUGUGAUGGCGGCUUUUCUUUUUCAACAACAAAAACUAUGUUUAUCUGUAAAAAACAAUCAAUAGAUUAAAAUUAAUUGAGAUAAAAGCCUUUUUUUUUUGGAGCGAUGAAAUUCUGGCUUCUUAACAUUUGUCAUAUUAUGGUUUGUAUUUUGAGAAAAAAAUUAUUUUCUGGAACAAUGUGUAUGGAGCUGUCAACUUAGAUCCAGGUUUCAUUAUUAAAUUAAGUAGCUCACGUAA